UAAUAAAAUAUGUCUGCUAUUCGUUCUGUUCAACGUUCAUUGUUAGCCAAGCGCUUCGUUCGUGGUUACGCCACCGAACCAACUCUUAAGGCCCGUUUAGAGGCUAUUCUCCCAGAAAAGGCUGAACAAGUCAAGCAAUUGAAGAAAGAACACGGUAAGACCGUCAUUGGUGAAGUUCUUCUUGAACAAGCCUACGGUGGUAUGCGUGGUAUCAAGGGUCUUGUUUGGGAAGGUUCCGUUUUGGACCCAAUUGAAGGGAUCCGUUUCAGAGGUAGAACCAUUCCAGACUGUCAAAAGGAAUUGCCAAAGGGUCCAGGUGGUGAAGAACCAUUGCCAGAAGCUCUCUUUUGGUUGUUGUUGACCGGUGAAGUUCCAUCUGUUGCUCAAACCAAGGCUUUCUCCGAAGAAUUGGCUGCUAGAUCUGCUUUGCCAAAGCACGUUGAAGAAUUGAUUGACCGUUCUCCAUCUCACUUGCACCCAAUGGCCCAAUUCUCCAUUGCCGUCACUGCUUUGGAAUCCGAAUCUCAAUUCGCCAAGGCCUACGCUAAGGGUGUCCACAAGUCCGAAUACUGGAAGUACACUUACGAAGAUUCUAUCGACUUGUUGGCUAAGUUGCCAAACAUUGCCGCUAGAAUUUACAGAAAUGUUUUCCAUGACGGUAAGUUGGGUGCUAUCGACCCAAAGUUGGAUUACGGUGCUAACUUGGCCAACUUGCUUGGUUUCGGUGAAAACAAGGAAUUCGUCGAAUUGAUGAGAUUGUACUUGACCAUUCACUCUGACCAUGAAGGUGGUAACGUCUCUGCUCACACCACCCACUUGGUUGGUUCUGCUUUGUCUUCCCCAUUCUUGUCUCUUGCCGCCGGUUUGAACGGUUUGGCUGGUCCAUUGCACGGUCGUGCUAACCAAGAAGUCUUGGAAUGGUUGUUCAAGAUGAGAGAAGAAUUGAACGGUGACUACACCAAGGAAAACAUUGAAAAGUACUUGUGGGAAACCUUGAACGCUGGUAGAGUUGUUCCAGGUUACGGUCACGCUGUCUUGAGAAAGACUGACCCAAGAUACACUGCUCAAAGAGAAUUUGCCUUGAAGCACAUGCCAGACUACGAAUUGUUCAAGUUGGUUUCCAACAUUUACGAAGUCGCCCCAGGUGUCUUGACCAAGCACGGUAAGACCAAGAACCCAUGGCCAAAUGUGGACUCCCACUCUGGUGUCCUCUUGCAAUACUACGGUUUGACUGAACAAUCUUUCUACACUGUUUUGUUCGGUGUUUCUCGUGCCUUCGGUGUUUUGCCACAAUUGAUCUUGGACCGUGGUCUUGGUAUGCCUCUUGAACGUCCAAAGUCUUUCUCUACUGAGAAGUACAUUGAAUUGGUCAAGAACAUUAAGGCUUAAAUUGACUACUGUAUUUAUUGACUAAGUAACUAUUUAUUGUGAAGUUUAUCUUCAACAGUGUACAUGAUGAAAGAAAAAGAGAAUUUUUAA